CUCAUUUGAGCAAAAUAGACAUAGAUGAUGCUGACCAGCUCUAACGGGAAAAGCUAAAAAUCAUCACACUUUUACUACAAAGACUAAUCUGAGAGCAGAUAUGAAGGCUGCUGUGAUGAGGUCAUUGAGAACGACUCCUCCUCUUCCUCUGGUCUUUCUGCUCAUGACUGCUGGAGCUUUUGGAACAGAGUGGAGUGUGAAGUACAACCAACAGGAAAUCUGUGCUUUAAAAGGAUCCACAGUGUUUAUGAACGGAACUUUUACUCAUCCAGAGCAUCUCACAGUGACAGAGACUUUCUGGAUUAUAGACCCAGUUCAAAAGUUUGCUCUGUCUAAAGACCCAGAAUACUCAGGCAGAGUUGAAUAUUUAAUUGAUAAACAGAAACACUUCUCCCUCAAACUGAGUGAUGUGAUGAAGAAGGAUGAACAUCAGUUCUGCUUCAGAAUCAUAACAAAUGAAGAAAAAGAAAGAUGGACAGGUGUUCCUGGAGUUCAGCUCAGAGUUACAGAGCUCCAUGUAGAAGCUCCUGAAGAAGUGACAGAGGGACAAACAGCAGAUCUGACAUGUAAGACCACCUGCAGUCUGACUGACCCAACAUUCAUCUGGUACAAAAAUGGACAUCCUUUAACCACAAAGACCAUCAAGAACAACCAGCUCCACCUGCAGACGGUCAGCAGUGAGGAUGCAGGCAGUUAUAGCUGUGCUGUAGGAGGAUCUCAACGCCUCCGCUCUACUGCUCACAGCCUCAGAGUCAGAUAUCCUCCUAAGAACGUUUCAGUGUCCAUCAGUCCCUCUGGUGAAAUAGUGGAGGGCAGUUCAGUGACUCUGACCUGCAGCAGUGAUGGAAACCCACCUGUGAAGACCUACACCUGGUUUAAGGGAUCAACAUCAAUAGGAGAAGGAAAAACCUACAGCAUUCCCAACAUCAGAUCUGAGGACAGUGGAGAAUACACAUGCCAGAGUAGGAAUGAUCAUGGAGAGAGAAGAUCCACUGCUGUUGAAAUAACUGUUAUGUAUCCUCCAAGGGACAUCUCAGUGUCCAUCAGUCCCUCUGGUGAAAUAGUGGAGGGCAGUUCAGUGAAUCUGACCUGCAGCAGUGACGGAAACCCACCUGUGAAGAUCUACAACUGGUUUAAGGGAUCAACACCAGUAGUAGAAGGAAAAACCUACAGCAUUCCCAACAUCAGAUCCGAGGACAGUGGAGAAUACACAUGCCAGAGUCUGAAUGAUUAUGGAGAGAGAAACUCUUCAGCUGUGCUGUUAAAUGUUGCAUAUCCUCCAAAGAGGGUCUCAGUGUCCAUCAGACCCUCUGGUGAAAUAGUGGAGGGCACUUCAGUGAAUCUGACCUGCAGCAGUGAUGGAAACCCACCUGUGAAGAUCUAUACCUGGUUUAAGGGAUCAACACCAGUAGGGGAAGGAAAAAUCUACAGCAUUCCCAACAUCAGAUCUGAGGACAGAGGAGAAUACACAUGCCAGAGUCGGAAUGAUCAUGGAGAGAGACGAUCCACUGCUGUUGAAAUAACUGUUAUGUAUCCUCCAAGGAACAUCUCGUUGUACAUCAGUCCCUCAGGUCAAAUAGUGGAGGGCAGUUCAGUCACUCUGACCUGCAGCAGUGACGGAAACCCACCUGUGAAGAACUACACCUGGUUUAAGGGGUCAACAUCAGUAGGAGAAGGAAAAAUAUACAGCAUUCCCAACAUCAGAUCUGAGGACAGUGGAGAAUACACAUGCCAGAGUCGGAAUGAUCAUGGACAGAGAAACUCCACUGCUGGGCAGUUUAAUAUUCUAUGUAAGCUUUUUGUGAUUGUCUGA